AUGUGUAGAACAUGUUACUUCCGGGAACUCUCAUUUUUUUAUUGCAGAGGGGACUGGAUCUGGAUUGUAGGGGAUAGCCUGGUCAGAAGAGCAAAAGAACGAGCUUCACAACGCAACUAUCAGCAAUUUGGAGAGCGAGGUAUCGUGGUCCGCUGGCAUGGGCAAGGCGGCCCCACGCUCCAGGAUCUCCCCAGGAUGGUCUCUAACCGGCUGAGAUGCGGCACUCCUCCUGCAUUAGCUAUUGUCCACUUAGGAUCAAAUGACAUCGGACAGUAUGAUGUCUGCCGGUGCAGGAUGGCAAUUGACACAGCCAUCCAAGAUCUACGCACAAGAAUGCCGCACACCCAUAUCACCUGGUCUGGUAUUUUACCGCGGCUCUUCUACUAUGGUCGCAAGCAAGGCUCUAAUUCACAGGAGGCCUUGGAUGGAGUUCGUAAGUCUCUUAACAAAUACGCUAGGAGGAAACUAGCCAGGAUGUCGGAUACCACCAUCAUCAAACAUGAAUUUGACCCCACAAUCCACAGCCUCUUCAAUAGAGAUAGAGUGCACCUCUCUGAUUCGGGUUCAGACAUUCUCAUUGACAGUUUCAGAACUGCAGCAAGGGAAGCAGGAUUUGUUUAGAUAUGGAGAGGAGACGAGCUUGAGAAACAUUUUGAGAACUCGAGGCUUCUGGCAAGGUUUUUUUUCUUUUGUAAUGUAUCUUAGUGUUAUUACGUUUAUUGUUUCUAGUUGUUUAUGUACAUACUUCAUUUUACGGGCUUUUUGAAGGGCACCGUCAACAGUACUACCUUGCUAUUAUCAAUAAUGAUAUGCACGUGUCUGGAUUGAGGAUAAUAACACUUGGAAGUAAAAAGAAAGAAAGAACAACUGAAUAGAAUGAAUAGAUAGACGAACAAUUCUUUUUUAUUCUUCGUAUUUUAGGGGUGAGAAGCAGGGACUGCACGGGAGAGUGUAUAUGUCAAUUAUGACAAACCAGUUCUUUCGAAUGAAUCAGCUUGGUAAAGCCUGUUUAUUGUAGUUGUACAAUACAUUAUUUACUCUUGGAAUUGCUUAGUUGAUCAGAAAUCGCAAGACAGGAUGUCCCUGUGGUGACGUGCAUAAAUUUGAGAACCGAAAACGAACUGGGAAAGAAAGGACGAUAAUUAAGACAGGAGAGCAAAAUAUACUGUUUUGUUUAUACUCUUUGAAAGGAUACUGAUGGUCUUUGGAAGGUUUUGCUGUUAAGGGAUACAUGAUAAUGUUUGUAAAUGGUGUGUAAUGCCUUAUCCAGGCCAUUGUGCUCAGUAUCCUCCAUCUUAUAUGCAUUUAGUCCUGAGAUGAUUAUAUCAACUAGAAGUUGCUUUAGUUUACCCUAGAAGGAACGUCCUUUUAUAGGCAUUUUGCAUCCAUUCAUGUGAGGUUAAGUGUUUAAUGCAGCUCCAUGCCAAUAUAUUAGGUAGCUUUAUUUGCAAGCAUGACAAGUUCAUGUAUGCUCCAGAAUCAUGCGACUUAUGACGGGGCAAAAAAAAAAAAAAAAAAAAAAAAAAAAUUAUUAAUUGGGUGGAAGGUUUUUGUUCAGAAACAAUUUGUUUGAAACCUGACAGAUCACCAAUAUUGAUAUCAAAGUAUAUGCUCCAAAGAUGUUGUUUACCAAGAUUUAGGGAAACACCCGUGGGAACUACUAUCCUGCGGGUGGGUCACGUGAUCAACAGUCCCAGGGAGGAGUUACUACCCUUCCUGGCGAUCACGUGAUCCCAUAUCUUUCAGUAAGAUUAAUAGGAUGCCACAGAUGUAGUUUUUCGUUAUGUCUUACGACAUUGUUCAGACUGUUUUGAGGUUUAUCACCUCUUAUGUUAUUUAGGCAUAUUGCCUCUGUGUUUUGAUGCCUCGUACGGAAUUAAACGGCGAGCAAUGGCAUAUCAUUUGUCCACGUGUUUUCUUCUCAAAAGGUAAUGAUCAUUUUCAGUGAUCAGUAAAUUUUUGAGAGAAACAAGUGUUAGGUUCAUAGAGGAAUAUAAUGUGUAAAAGUCCAAAUCGAUACAGAUUGUGCAUGUGAUCACUAACCGGAUAACAUGUGAUCUAAUCACAGCGGGAAACAUGUGCGUUGUGGAAUAUACUAGUAACGUGUGCACGUAAUAAAGCCAUUGCAGUCUGAAAUUCCUUCGAGGCAACAAAUUUUUCCCCUCCACUCCCACCCAGGUACAUUGGUAAUAUAUUAUCGGGAUGGGAGGACCCGGCGUCAAUACAGAAUUUAGUCACGGGAUCGUUAAGGGGAUUGCAUAUUUCUGAGGCAAUGCAGUGUACCGGUGACUUUAGCACAUAUGUUACCAUACAAGCUGAUAUCUUAGUCCAUGCGUAGAGCUGAAUUACUGUUGAGAAUUACCGUGUGUAGGAAAUUUUGUGUAUCACGAUUUAUGAUAUUCUUAUUAAACAUCUCAUGGUUGGGAGGUUGGGCAGAGUUACGACAGUAGAUCAGCAUGGUUGGUAGGUUGGAAAGACAUUGAUUUCUGCAUUAAGGCUGGGAGGUUGGGCAGAAUUUAGACAGUCAGUCAUCAUGGUUGGGAGGUUGGGCAGAGUUACGACAGUAGAUCAGCAUGGUUGGUAGGUUGGAAAGACAUUGAUUUCUGCAUUAAGGCUGGGAGGUUGGGCAGAAUUUAGACAGUCAUUCAUCAUGGUUGGGAGGUUGGGAGAGAUAUUGAAUUAUUUUAUGAUUUUAUGUUUUAGAUUAGGAACAAGGACAUCUGGAGGUAACUUUUUUGGCCUGCAUAAGGUUGGAAGGUUGGGCAGGGCACUUACGAGUUUAUCAAGAAGGCAGAUAUACAACAUUGUUGAAUAGAUGGCCAUAUGAUAGAGGUAUACUUUUAUAUGUCAUACAUAUUAUAUUCUCAGGUUUAAAGAAGUCCACUGUCCAGAUAGUCAUAUUAAAGUGACUAGGCCUACAAUAUGGCUGGGAGGUUGGGUAGGACUUAAGGACAGGCAGCAUAGAGCAUUAUGUGGCUAAUUAUGACUUUUAUAUGUAAAUGGUAAGGAGGAGCAUGUCAUGAUACAUUGCUUUAGAAGUGUAGAAGGUUUUUGUUCAGAAACAAUUUGUUUGAAACCUGACAGAUCACCAAUAUUGAUAUCAAAGUAUAUGCUCCAAAGAUGUUGUUUACCAAGAUUUAGGGAAACACCCGUGGGAACUACUAUCCUGCGGGUGGGUCACGUGAUCAACAGUCCCAGGGAGGAGUUACUACCCUUCCUGGCGAUCACGUGAUCCCAUAUCUUUCAGUAAGAUUAAUAGGAUGCCACAGAUGUAGUUUUUCGUUAUGUCUUACGACAUUGUUCAGACUGUUUUGAGGUUUAUCACCUCUUAUGUUAUUUAGGCAUAUUGCCUCUGUGUUUUGAUGCCUCGUACGGAAUUAAACGGCGAGCAAUGGCAUAUCAUUUGUCCACGUGUUUUCUUCUCAAAAU